AUGGGCGUCGAAGGUGUAAUGGUUUCGUACAAUUACUCAGAAGAUGGGGAGCUAGCUAACAUUCUAACAGUAUCAGCGUCCGGCAUAAGAUUUUCCAAACGAUGGGUCCUCACCCAUGGCUCCAUAUUAUCACCGUUAAAGGAGGCAAAUAUAAUAAAGAAUGCUCGAGGAAGACCGAUAUUGAAUGAAGAAUUCUACGACAACCUUCCAGAGAUUUAUGUAUCGUGUGAAAAGGGAAAGUCCAAAGAACCCAAUAUUUAUGAAAAUAUAGAGAAAUUGAGUAGAGAAAGGAACUUGCAUAAUGAUGUAGACUUUGAACACAGUUGCUAUCAAGUGCGAGUGCUGACUGGAAGGAUAUGCCACGUCUGGCAAUGCCCGGUGCUGGACAGAUGCGUCGACGACAUUCUGUACAGCUGGACCAUCGGCCACCGAGACGGCGACAUGGAGAAACAGACGCAACUUGGCAAAGCCUUACUCUCUGUUUUUGUACUUGUUGAUUUAGAGAGCGAUAACAAAAGUUUCAAAACACUAAGGCCGCUUUCAGAAUUACUGGACAUGGUGCGAUCUCCUCCUGAAAGAGGAACCAGCAUUCAAGUACAUUCUACGCCUUUUGGCUGUGAGGUUUUCUUAAACGCAGUGACCCGCGGAACUGUGUGUGGCGUGAUUGGGAAGCGUCCGUCGCUGUUACUGACGGACGCUGCCACCGCUCUCGGCUCUGAAGGUGGGCCGGUGUUUACAGAAGGACCUACCGCGUCGCUGGUGGGCGUGGUGGUGUGCAGCGUGUCGUGGUGGCGCGGCGAGUGGGUGGGGCUGUCGCUGGCGGCGCCGCUGCGCGCCGUGCUGGCCGCCAAGCUGCGCGUGCCGCCGCCGCCGCCGCCGCGCGCGCCGCCCUCCCCGCCCUACGACAAGCUGCUCCGCAUCAUCGACCGCACGACGGUGCUGGUGCGCUGCGGCGCGGCGUGGGGCGCCGGCGUGUACCUCGGCGGCGGCCACGUGCUGUCCUGCGCGCACGUCGUCAAACACCACGCGUCAUACAAAGUGUCAUUAUACUGUCAGAACAAGAUGGAAACGGCAAUAGUGAAAUUCAAAACCAAAGACGACAAGGCGUACGACUUGGCUCUCCUCUACACGAAUCCCGAGUACUGGACGAAUUUGCUGCCCGCGGUAUUUGCUGAGCAUCCCGCGGAGAAAGGUGAGUCAGUGCUAGCAGCUGGCUAUCCUUACUUCAACGAGAACAAUCUAGAAGACUUAAAGCCGACGGUGACGAGUGGACACAUCAACAACGUGUCUCCCUCCAUGAUACAGACCUCGUGUUGUGUGCAGUCUGGCUUCAGUGGCGGUCCAAUAUAUCGUAUAACAAAAGAUCUAAAGGCAGAAGUGUUGGCAACAAUAGUAAGCAACGCGAAGACUGAGACGGGCGCCUGCUACCCGUACGUCAACAUGGCGGUGCCCACGCGGGCCUUCAUACGGCUCGUGCAACACUUCAUCCUGGAUAGAGAUGAAAAUAAACUAUCAGCGAUAGAAAACAAUAAAGAAAUGAUUCAAUCUCAAUGGAGGCUCUUGCCGUAUCGGUCGAAGAUA